AUGGUCCUAGGACUUCUCACUGCUAUAGCGGCUUGUCCUGCGAUCGUUGGUACUACUGAAGCGGUCCGCCAAGGGCAAAGAACAAAUGCGAAAGAAAAACACAGAGAGAGCCAACGUAACAAACCUGUGCUGUUCGCUAAUGCAGUUGAUAACCAGCUAAACAUUGCCUUGCCUACGGCUGAGGGUCGGACCGAUCUAUCACAGCAUCCAUUCGCAGGAUAUUUCCUUCCCUAUCCUGAGCGAAACUGGGGUCGCAAGGGAGAAGGCAUGGUCUCUACGAUCUGCGAUGAGCCUCCACAACUAAAUUGGAUAUACGUGGACGAAGAAACUUAUGAAGUGAAAUACGGCUUGCGAACAGACUCGGAAGACCAUCUUGUUGGGCCAUGGGACUGCACUCCAAUCGAGAAGAGAAUUACUUUGGAGGGUUGGGAGGGUUUUAUGGCUGUGGAAGUUGAGGGUUCAUGGGCGCUCUAUUUUGAUCGGGACGACGAUGGCUUGCAAGAAAAGAUAUUUGAAGGGAGGAUUUUAGAAGUUGAACUGACAAGGAAAGAGAGAAGGAAGUGUAAAGAUGAUGAUUAA